AUGUAUCUUACUUCUAUAACAAAGAGAAUAAUCUCACCUUGCUAUAUAAAACAUAGAAAAUGUUUUUAUUCAUCAGCACAACCUUAUGUAGCUGUAGAAGCUCAACCAGAUAAUUUACCAACAUUUCUUACGACUGAUGUUUUACGUGAUCCGAAAAAAAGAGCUGUUGAAUUGUAUAUGCCAUAUCGAAAUAUAUCGUAUGAAGAAGAAUUAAAACUUAAACAACGUCAACUUGAAAGUCGUUUUCAAUCAGUUGCAAAAACACUCUAUUAUGAUCGAGCACUUCAUCCAUCAAUACGUAAAUUAAUUCGAACAAACGAUUCUAAUUUAUGUCCAAUUCGAGAUAUUCAACGAACUUCAGCAAUAACUGAAUAUCUAACAACAUGUAUUGCUGAUCUCGGUAAAACACGUUCAGGUAAUUUAGCACUUGGAAUUCCGAAUCGAGCAAUUGCAACUGAUUUUACAAUGUCAAAUGAGGAUCGUCAAGCAAUGCUUGUUUUACCUAUUGAUGAUGUUGAUAUAUACAAAAAACGUGAUCGAUUGAUCGUUAAACAUUAUAAUGAAUUUCUACAAAAAGAAGUAAAAGAUAUAUCAAAUAUAGAGAAUGUCUUACAUCUUUGGAGACCUAUACGUAUCUAUACAAAUAAAAAAGAUGAAAAAAAUGUUGCUAUUGGUUAUUAUGAUCGAAAAGUUACUAAUCCGGAGCGUGAAGCAGCUAAAGAACGUUUACGUGAAUAUUUUGAAUCUGGUCCAGGACGAGAAUGUCAUAUUGAUCAUUUAUAUUUUGAAAAACGAUCGAAACGUUGGCCAAUAAUUGUCAAUGAAACAUCUUAUGAACAAAUUAUUGGUGAGAAAAAUAAACCAUUUACUUAUGAUAUUUUCGGUAUGAAAUUUGAACCAAAUUUACAAUCACAUGGAAUUACGAAUCUAAAUGCUUAUGAAGCAAUGUAUGCUGAAAUAUUAAAAUUAUGUAAUCUUGAACCAACAUCAACAAUAUUUCUUCAAUAUUUUUCUGAUCUUGGUGUUUUACCAUUAAUUGCUGCACAACAUGUUGAUCAAUGUUACGGUCUUGACCCAAGUCGAUUUGCAAUCGAUACAGCGAAGAAAACCCAAGAAAAAUAUCCUCAUACACAAGAUGUCCAAUUUAAUGUUUGCACAACACGAGAAGAUUUUAAAACAAUACUAACAAAAAUUGAAAUGAAUAAAAAGAAAAAUUCUUCAUUAACAUGUAUUUUUGGACCACCAAGAAGUGAUAUUGAACGACAAGAUUUACGACAAAAUAAAUCGAUUGUCAAUGUCCUACGUGAAUGUGAUUUUAUCGAUCGAUUAAUAAUUGUUAAUCGUGGUGUUGGUUCAUCUGUUCUACAUUUACUCUAUAGUUUAUCUGGUGGUGAAAGUUCAGCACAUAAAGUAUCUGGUCCACCAUUUAAACCUGUAAUUAUUAUUCCAUUUGAUGCAAAUCCUCGAUCAGGACUUUUGCCAGAUUUUCUCACGAUUUAUGAACGUGAUUAA